GCUCUCCAUUGGCCACACUCCGAUUCCUCUCUUCCUUCCUAAAAAAAAAAGAAACAAAAAGAAGCGUCGAAUUCUUGCUUCGCCAGAGGAAGAAGAGAAGAGAGAAGGGGAGGAGGAAGAAAUGGCUGCCGUCCAAGCAGCAAUCUCCACCUGCUGCUCUUCGUCUUGCCUGUCCCGGCCGCCACCGCCGUUCGCGAGGAGGCGGCGCUUCAAGGUCACGGCCAUGGCUCCCCAGAAGAAGGUGAACAGGUACGACGAGAAGUGGUCGAAGCAGUGGUUCGGGGCGGGGAUAUUCGCGGAGGGGAGCGAGGAGGUGGAGGUGGACGUGUUCAAGAAGCUGGAGAGGCGGAAGGUGCUGAGCACGGUGGAGAAGGCCGGGCUGCUGUCCAGGGCGGAGGAGCUCGGCGUCACGCUCUCCUCGCUCGAGGAGCUCGGCCUCCUCUCCAAGGCCGAGGACCUCGGCCUCCUCAGCCUCGUCGAGGCCGCCGCCGCCGCCUCCCCCGACGCCCUCGCCUCCGUCUCGCUCCCGCUCCUCGUCGCCGCCAUCGCCGCCGUCGUCCUCGUCCCCGACGACUCCGCCGCCCUCGUCGCGCUCCAGGCCGUCCUCGCCGCCGUCCUCCUCGCCGCCGCCGCCGGCCUCUUCGUCGGCUCCGUCGUCCUCGCCGGCCUGCAGGAGUCCGACUGAUCGUCGCCGCAGGGUUUGAUGAUCACUAGGACAUGUACGUAUUAAUCACCGUAUUUAUACAGUGCUUAGUGUGUUACUAGUAUCGACUGGUUCUCGAGAUGAAAAUUUGUUGUAAAUUUCAAGGAGUUUCAGGCUGCAAUGGAUGAUUGUGUAAUUAGGAACGGGAAAAAAAGGGGGCUCCUAGGCUCCUAGCAAGCGCGUGCA